AUGGUUAAGGCUGGAAAGUCCCAUAAAAAGGUCGACAUCCCAGCUAAGAAGCAUAAGACCUCCAAAGUCAAUAAAAAAGCAAAACCUCUUCCAAAAGAGAAAUCUCACAAUAAAAACAAAACUCCCCACAAAAACACCACAGGCAAGCCUAAAAACAAGCAAUCAAAAAAUUCCUCAGAAGCUGAGGUCUCAAAAGCUUCAGCCUUAAAACAAACUCUCUUAUCAGCCGCAUCAGGCUCAAUCCAAAAUAUCGACGAAAUCUGGAGCAAGCUUAAUUUUGAAAGCACCAUAGAAACCACAUCAUUCAUCACAAAACUAAAAGCAAAAUUACUUAAGCUUAAAAUUGAAGACACAGAAGACGAGGAGCUUGGCAAAAGAAAAGCCCAAGGCUUAAGCUUGAUAACCUCAACACAACUCGAAAGACUUGUGCACUUAAAUCUCCUUCUCUGCCUAGAAGGCUUGUUCUAUGAAAAUAUAUCAGAUGCUAAAGAUUUAUACAAAAUCAUCAAAUCUUUAGUAUCCCCAAAACCUUCAAAAAAGUCAGCAAAAUCAAGCAGCAAGCUUGAUGAACUUUUUAAGUUCUUUUUAUCACAGCUUGUGAAGCCAGUCUCUUAUAUAAGAGAUGCGAUAAAAAAGACUUUUAAGCUGUUUGUGGGUGAAGUUUCUAAUGAGUUUAUUGAAAUGAUUUGUGAGAUGAUGAAGAGUGGGAAUGUUCAAAUUGAGAUGCCAACUGAAGAGGGUUAGGAUUAUUAAAGUCAGAUGCUAGAUAUAUUGGUGACAAGUCACCAAAGACCUACCGUAUCGGAGGUUCUACUGUUUUUCGACUUCAGCCCAGAGAGUCUAUCCCUCAUACUAGUGCCCUUCCAGCACUUUCUGUCUCCUCCUUGCCUUGUGGUUUUAGUCUUGAGUGGGCGGCUUAUGGAUUUCUGCGGUUCUUCUAACGGCGAUUGGAGUAGCUUGAUUCCAUAGAUAAAUUCCUUGGAGUAUAUCAGUGUGUCGAACUACCUUACUUGGACAGCUACAGGAAAAAGACUACUUCCCUGUGGCCUGGGCCGAAACCCCCAGUUUCUUGUAGAGGAAUGGAUCCAAAGGAUAUUGUUGAGCACCUCCAUUUCCAAUCACAGAAAGUAGCUAAAACCUAUCCAGAUACACAUCUAUUGAGCCUGCGUUGAUUCUCAGCUCGGAGUCCGUCUCAGUUCGCCGUAGCCAUAAGGUCUGGACUGUUGCGCCAAAAGAGCAGGCUGACACGUGUCGCCAUUUUAAUGUAUGCCAACUGAAGAGGAAGAAGAAAAAGAGGAAGAUGUAGAAGUGGACACAGAAAAAGGAAUCGAAGGUAUUUUUGAGGAGCCGAAGAAAAAUAACCAAGAAGCGACUUUGAAGCAAAAUUUUUUAAUUCGUGCUUGCGAUUUAUUAGAAGUUUUGAUAAAGAAAACACAAGAUGCAGACGUUUAUAUAAAAUUGUAUCAAACCUUGCUUACAGCUUUUAAGUCAACAUAUAAAGCCAAAGGCAAAGGAGGCUUGACAGGGAGAUAUCAAGCUUUGCUUGGGAAUAUUACAAAAACACAAGUAGAUAUCAAGCCAGAACACCAUGAGAUUUUAACAGAGAUUGCAAAUUCCUUAUCCUGCUGCAUAAAAAUAUAUAAAUAAUUUUUUUGAUUUUAUUUAAUUGCAUUAUUUAUAUAAGAAACGAGCUAGCUAAAGCUAUGACGAAGGACAAAAACUUAAACAACUCGAUAUCACGGAAUCUUAACCACCUGAUAAGGGUCAUCCACAAUUUUGAUCACGAAGAAGCUGAGAAAAUCGUCAUUGAAUGCACUAAAAAAUUUAUGGAAGAUCACAAUGCAAAAAUGAGCACAAACACUUUAGCCGAUAUAAUCAUGAUUAUUAAACCUGAAAAUCGCAUAAAGCGAACGCUUUUUAAAUACACAAAAGAAGGAAGAAAGCCUUCACUUAGACUCGAAAUUUUACAAAUUAUUAAAAAAGGCCUUAAGAAAUGGGAAAUAAGUGAUAAAGAAUGGAAGAAGCUAGCUGAUAUCGCAAAAGAGACGUGGAAUGAAGAAAUAAAGCAAAAACAUAAGAAUAAGCUGCUCACACAUCUUUUAGCAGCAAUGGUGAUAGUCGCAAGCCACGUAAAAAAUAUUUCAAGCUUAAGUGAGGAUGUAGAAGCAUUAAAGAAAAGCACAAAUAAUUCACCACAAUUCCAUGGAUUUUUCAAUCAGUUAACUCAUUAAAAUAAUUCAUGAGAAUUCUCAGAAUAAAAAUAAGAAAUAAUAAUUUUUUUAAAAAAUGGAGUAAGCAAAUUUAAAAAUAGCGAAUAG